AUGGAAACAGCUAGAUUUUUCUAAACAGAUUUUGAAUAGAAUGGUUCAAUGGAAAGAGUCGUAUUGUUCAUGAACUUGGCUAAUGAUCCAACAAUUGAAAGAAUUAUUACUCCAAGAUUGGCAUUAACAACUGCAGAAUAUUUGGCUUACGAGAAGGAAUUACAUGUGUUGGUUAUCUUAACAGAUAUGUCAGCCUAUGCAGAUUCACUAAGAGAAGUCUCUGCAGCCAGAGAAGAAGUGCCAGGAAGACGUUCUUUCCCUGGUUAUUUAUAUACAGAUCUUUCAACCAUUUAUGAAAGAGCUGGUAGAGUCUAAGGCAAAAAUGGAUCAAUUACUUAAAUUCCAAUUUUGACAAUGCCUAAUGACGAUAUUACACAUCCCAUCCCAGAUCUUACAGGAUAUAUUACAGAAGGACAAAUUUUCAUUGAUAGAUAAUUGAAUAACAAAUAAGUUUACCCACCCAUCAAUGUGUUGCCAUCAUUAUCAAGAUUGAUGAAGUCUGCCAUUGGUAAGGGUAUGACCAGAGAAGAUCAUCCUGAAGUCUCAAAUCAAUUGUAUGCUAACUAUGCCAUUGGUAAGGAUACUGCAGCUAUGAAGGCAGUCGUAGGAGAGGAAGCCUUGUCUGCUGAAGAUCUUUUGUAUUUAGAGUUUUUGAAGAAAUUCGAAAAUAAUUUCAUCAGUUAAGGAGCUUAUGAAGUCAGAUCUAUAUUCAAAUCCUUGGAUUUGGCUUGGAGAUUAUUGAGAAUCUUCCCACCUGAAAAAUUAAAGAAGAUCAACAAAAAAAAUCUUGAGACUUAUUAUUAUAGAAGAAAGGAGGAUGAAGAUGAUUUUGAUGGACCUUAAUAAUAAAAAGAAGAAAAAUGAUUGUGAUGUAUCAAGUAAAAAUAAGCAUAAUCAUAUAAUACCAAAUUA